UUUCCUUCCUUCCUUCCAUCUUCUAAAACGGUUUCCAGCCACUUGAAAAUUGGAAAAUCCAUCGUUCGUGAAAAAUCACCAAAUUACCCUCGAUCUCGAAGCUGAUUUCAAACCGGCUUCCAUGCCCAUUACGGUAAUUUUAAAUCCAAUUAUCCUUCACCGAUCAAAGCAUUGCCAUAGACGCAUGAACUCGUCAACCACAGCUCAAUUUUCCCAAAAAAUAAAAGAAAAUAAAAUAAAAAGGAGUGGUCUUUAGCAGGAUGCAUUGCUUGACUCUGAAGGUUUUCAAUGAUUGUCGGCGGGUCGGUUCAGAAGCUGCGUAGUCCGGGUUUGGGCUCGGGCCCGGUUCAGUUAGAUUCGAGCCAGAUGGAAGUUUCUAUAAAAUUAGAGUUGCCAUGAAGCUGCCCGUGGAUUUAACGAGCCUGGACCUCAGCUUUGAUCAUAGAUUUGCGAGAAUGAGCAGCCUUGUUUUGAUGUCAUGUAGCAUGAGUAAUUUCAUGACAUCUUUGGGAUCCAUGGAGAGUAAUGAGAUUGUACCGAACAUGGCAGCUUUAGGCAUUCUAGUCCUCACUGUUGCUGGAAAUAUAGUCAUUCAUACGAUUCAGAUGCGUAGCUCUGGAUCCGUGUUGUAUUUCGUGCUGCCACAGCAGGUAACCUCUUCUGUCAUCAUGCUCCUCUUUCUUGUGACGCUAUGUUGUAUGUCGUUGAUGGUUCCGGGAGCUAAGAGAUACAUAGGAUUGAAGUAUGAUGAAAUGCAAGAAUUAGUUUCGAAUAGACAAGUGGAGUGGGGAAGGUUUAGUAGUGUUGAAGUUGAAAAUAUGGUGAAAGGGUAUUGGGUGAUGGCUCAAACUAGCUGCCCUCAGUUUGUUCUAGCAAGGUCUGCCGUUUCUUCUAUUUCUGGACUUAUGUGUCUUCUCACUGCUCUAGUUUUGGUAGAAGCUCGGUUUGGGAAAAAUAGCCUCGAAACUCUAGGGGCUCGGCUUGUAGAAGAUAGUCUUGAUACGAACAAUGAUGUUGUGUUUCUUGCUUCAAACUAUGACUGGUCCGUUGGCUGGAUUUUAAACAUUCAGUCUGUGGGAGUGGCGAUUGGAAGUAUUGCUCCUCUGUUGAGAUGGUUUGCUGCUUCGUGGUUCAAGAUUUCUGAGACGGAGCGAAGGAGCUUCAGAGACGAACUCAAGGUUGACAAGUACUGGACUUGGAGGCUGGUAGAGUGGAGAGACAGAUCACUUCCGUUUCAAGUUCAAAAUCGCGUAUGCAGGAAGUUGCUUCGUGAUGCUGUAAGAUUCGUUAUGAAUUUCUGCAUUCGAGUUCAGGUUCUGUUUGUUUUAGCUAGCAAACUAGUUCUGUUCAUCUCUGCUAGAUUUGGUAGUGCAGUUUUCUUUUGUUUUUGCAAGGAUGAAAGUCCUGUUUUAGUGCCUAUAUCCGAAUCAAGUGAUGAAACACAGGUGGAUUUUAGGCAAUAUGUUAUUCUACUUGAAGGUGAGCCGCAGUUGCCUUAUAAAAUCCUCAACAACAUCUGCAACGAGGCGGAUAGGCUGAUACAAGUAGGCGAAAAAAGGCGGCCCGAGAAUCUGAUCCAACUUCUAAAGAAAUCUUUAAGCUUCGAUGGAGUGGGACGAUUCGACAGCAGCGAAAUCCCAAGCUUGCAUUCUCAAGAGCCUCCGAAUUGCUGGUCUCUGCCUGUGGUGACUUUAACAGCCAUUUCAGUUGCUCUUCUCAGCAUUGAUGAUGAGAAUGCUAGCCAGUUAUUGGUCUGUAUCAGCGAGGGCUUGCCUAUCGUGAAGCUUAUCGAGGAAACACUAGACAUAACCGGAGAGUUUGAAAGCAUCAGAAAAGCAGCGGUUGUGGUUUGGGAUGGCGUUGAAUUGUACAAAAAAUGGGAUGGCACAGAUUUGAAGAGCACGAGACUAAGAGGCGCAACGCACAAGGAAACACUGCAAAAGCUCUCUAACAUUGCAGAGAAGACUGUGAGGAAAUUUGUGACUAAAACAAGAGAUAUUCUAAUGCAGAACCCUUUAAACUGGCCUGCUAGAAUUAUAGCUGCUAACUCAAUGUACAGGAUUACUCAGACGAUCUUGCUAGGAAUGGGAGAUGGCGAGAACCAAGGCGGUGAUGAGCUAUUUGAGAGUAUAUCCAUUACCAUCUCGGAUAUACUUGCAGCGUGCCUCACCAAUCUAGUGCAGGUCAUAACAUUAAAGUGUCGCAGAAACAACAUCAAAGAAAGGGAAGAAAGUGUGAGGCGAGCAGCGAUUCUUCUUGGUGAGAGCAAAAAGAUUCUUGAAAUUCUGCAGCAGCGUGAGCUUCCGAGUUUGGAUGCGGAGAAAGCUGCUAAGAUUGACGAGUGGAGGACAUCCAUGGUGUUGGAUGUUGAAAUUCCUUUGGCAUCUGUUUUUGCAUCAAGUGGCAAUGAAAUAAUAGUGUAAUAACAAUUUUAUGCUUAUCUGUUUCCAAAUCCCACAUCAGUACUAGUCUCUUGUACAGUAAUAUUUAUAGGUGCUUUGUACAGUAAUAGAAAAAUAUUUUUUCUCUAACAUGUUCCUAUA